AUGCUAUGGGUGAGGAAAAAUAAAAGAUAAGACAUGAUAAGAUUGAAAAGCACAUGUUGCUGAUUCCAUUCCGAUUUCACGUUCCGCAGAUUUAUAGUUGACUCCCUCACUCACUCCCCGCACCACGGAAGUUCAUUCAACAACACUUUGAGAUGCAGCAGCAAGCAGUGGAACACCUUGACGUUCUAACCAAAACCGGUCUCAAAACCGGCGUUUCCCGGCCCAGGGGAGAUGUGCAUCGCGACGGCGACUACCACCGCGCCGUUCAUGUGUGGCUAUUCGCGGAGCGGACGCAGGAGCUGCUCCUCCAACGCCGCGCCUCGUGCAAGGACUCGUGGCCUGAUCUUUGGGAUAUCUCCAGCGCCGGUCACAUUUCCGCUGGCGAUUCGUCGCUAAUCACUGCUAGGAGAGAGCUUGAAGAAGAGUUGGGUGUAAUCCUCCCCAAGGAUGCAUUUGAAUUGAUAUUUAUUUCCCUCCAGCACAGUGUCAUAAAUGAUGGAAAAUACAUCAAUAACGAAUUUAAUGAUGUGUAUCUGGUAACAACUCUUGAUCCUAUACCUCUGGAAGCCUUUGCACUUCAGGAAUCAGAGGUUUCAGCUGUUAAAUAUAUUUCUUAUGAAGAAUACAAAAGGUUACUGGCCAAAGAAGAUUCAGAUUAUGUCCCCUAUGAUGUAAAUGGACAAUACAGUCAACUCUUUGAUGUAAUCGAAAAGAGGUACAAGGAAAAUACUGUAGCACGCAAUUUGACUCUACAGAAGCAAAUAAGUCGUUAUGCUCCUGUUUCCCUUAGUGCAGAGUUAUCUGGGCUUUCAGAUUUGGACAGAGAGGCUUUGGGUUUGGUUGUGAAGGCUGCAGCUGUAAUGGAUGAAAUUUUUCUUCUACAGUCAUGGUACAGUAAUCCAGCUCUUAGAGAUUGGUUGAAGGAGCAUGCUGAUUCAUCAGAGUUAAAUAAGUUGAAAUGGUCCUAUUAUCAGAUUAACAAGAGCCCAUGGUCUAGCCUUGAUGAAGAUGUGGCAUUCUUGACAACUGCAGAUUCAGCAAUAAGGUUGUUCUCUAACGCGACUAAGACAGUCAGAGAUUGGAAGGGUGUGGAAUACAGAGCAGCAUUUUCCGUGCCGAAACCUGCUGGCGCUAAUUUCUACCCACCUGACAUGGACAAAAUGGAGUUUGAUUUAUGGAAGGACAGUCUUGAAAAGGAUGAACAGAAAGAGGCAACAGGAUUCUUCAGUGUUAUUAAAAGGCACAGUGAAUUUAUUUUAGAUUCUCAUCAGUCUGAUAACAAAGGAAGUUCUCAUGAUCUAUAUAUAGUUCCUUACUCCGAAGAAUACCAGCCUCUUCUUGCAAAAGCUGCCGAUUUAUUGCAUAAAGCUGGAGACAUUACCGACUCGCCAAGUUUGAAGAGGCUGCUACAUAGCAAGGCUGAUGCUUUCCUCUCAAAUAAUUAUUAUGACUCAGAUAUAGCCUGGUUGGAAUUGGACUCUAAGUUGGAUGUCACUAUUGGGCCAUAUGAAACUUAUGAGGAUAAGCUUUUUGGAUAUAAGGCUACCUUUGAAGCAUAUAUUGGAAUCAAGGACGAUGAAGCAACAGCUCAAUUGAAACUCUUUGGGGAUAAUUUGCAGCUUCUGGAGCAAAACCUCCCUAUGGAUAGUGCAUACAAAUCAAAAGAUGUGUCGGCAGCACCUAUCCGUGUUAUCCAACUUCUAUAUAAUGCUGGGGAUGUGAAGGGACCGCAAACUCUUGCUUUCAAUCUACCAAAUGAUGAGAGUAUUGUAAAAGACCGGGGAACAUCAAUGGUCAUGCUUAAGAAUGUUUCAGAGGCUAAGUUCAAGCAUAUUCUUCUUCCUAUAGCUGCUGCUUGUGUUGCAGAGGAGCAACAAGAACUUGUAGAUUUUGAGUCAUUCUUUACUCACACAAUUUGCCAUGAAUGCUGCCAUGGAAUUGGACCGCAUACCAUAACACUUCCAAAUGGCCAAAAGUCUACUGUCAGAUUGGAAUUACAAGAAUUUCACUCAGCUGUGGAAGAAGCAAAAGCUGAUAUAGUUGGCCUUUGGGCAUUGAGGUUUUUAAUCUCCCAGGAUUUGCUUUCUGAAAGUUUAUUGAAGUCGAUGUAUGUUUCUUUUCUUGCUGGAUGCAUCCGCUCAGUACGUUUUGGUUUAGAGGAAGCUCAUGGAAAAGGACAAGCAUUGCAGUUCAAUUGGUUAUAUGAGAAAGGAGCCUUUGUAUGGAAUACUGAAGGCACAAUUUCUGUUGAUUUUACCAAGAUUGAAGAAGCAGUUGAAAGCUUGAGCAGGGAGAUACUCACCCUACAAGCCAAAGGUGAUAAAGAGGCUGCUGGUUUACUUCUCCAGAAAUACUCCGUGUUGUCUGAACCACUGAAAGUUGCUCUAAAAAAGUUGGAGAAUAUUCAGGUACCUGUUGAUGUAGCUCCAACCUUUCCCAUUGCCAGCAAAAUAUUACAAUGAAGGCAAGAGAAGCAAUGUGCAAAUUUUCGAUGCUGUACCAUCUUUUUGUAAGCCUAUCCUUGAGCUAGUUGUUACUGUGUAACGAUGGAAUACUUCUCUUUCUUUGGGAUGUUGCUGUUUACCGUUCAUUGAUUCAAAUAAAAGCAAUCGGUGUCUUUUAGACGUUAAUUAAAUUACAAUGUUGUUAUUACGCAAUGAUGAAUGGCACAACUUACAUUGGAUCGUUUGAAUUCCUAA